AGCCCAAUGUCCGAAGCGAUCCUCAGUAUAAAAGAGAGCCCAAAACCUAAACCCUAAUCGUCUCACGUUCCUCAACCGUACAGCCGAUCCAGAUUUACGCCAAGGAAGGAGAUGGCGCCCAAGCAGCCUAACACAGGCCUCUUUGUUGGAUUGAACAAGGGCCAUGUUGUCACCAAGAAGGAGUUGGCCCCUCGUCCAUCUGACAGGAAAGGCAAAACAAGCAAAAGGGUUCAUUUUGUGAGGAGUUUGAUCCGUGAAGUAGCUGGAUUUGCGCCAUAUGAGAAGAGGAUUACUGAGCUGUUGAAGGUUGGAAAGGACAAGCGGGCAUUGAAGGUGGCUAAGAGAAAGUUGGGCACCCACAAGAGGGCAAAGAAGAAGAGAGAGGAGAUGUCCAGCGUUCUCCGCAAGAUGAGAGCUGGUGGAGGUGCAGAAAAGAAGAAGUGAGGUCUUUGUUUUCUAAAUUUUGGUAACAUCUGUAUAACUUAUUUUAUCAAGGAUUGAACUUAAGCUAGUUGUAGUUUGUCUUAUAUUUUGCGGCCCUUUUUUCAGAAUUGGGAUUUAUCUACUUGUUCUUUUUCUAAAAAUUAUCUUUUUUAUACGACUUAAGUGCUUAUGGUAUUUGUUUGAUGAGUGAACCUAUUACUUUGGUUUG